GAACAUCCCUAUUCAAACGUAAACAAAUGAGAGUUUAUUGUGAAAUUUAAAAUUCCAUUUAUAAUGACACACAGCUAUCGAAAUUUAAUAUUAAAUGCGCUAAUACCGGUUAUCGGCAAACAAAUCAACUCAACAAGGUUAACAUAUGGCAUAACACAGAUAUUUCCGGAACCGGCAGUUCAUCUAACCGUUCCAUCAGGUAUGCUUCAGUCCCGUCCCGACAUAACAUCAACUGUUUCUAAUUUGUUUGACAAAGAACCAAGAAUAAAAAAGGUACAUGUCAUUAAUGAAGGUAGAACACCAAAGGUUUUGCUCCAACUUGAUCGAGAUUAUUUCGUACGAAGCGUUAUAGACAAUGAUAACUCCAAGAAAGUGCAAAAGGCACCUGAUGCACCAAAAACAGUACUAGAAUUUAGUUCACCAAACAUCGCAAAACCAUUUCAUGCUGGUCACCUACGUUCCGCUAUAAUCGGAAACUUUCUUUCCAAUCUGUACGAUCACAUUGGUCACAAUGUCGUAAAGAUAAAUUAUCUGGGCGAUUGGGGUACUCAGUUUGGAUACCUUAAGCUUGGUGUUGAGUUAAAAAAUCUUACCAAAGAGUACAUCAAACUUAAUCCCAUCAAAAAAUUAUACGAAGCUUAUGUGCACGCCUACAAAGCAGCAUCAGAUAAUGAUAGUUUGCAAAUGAGAGCUCGCGAAAUUUUCGCUGGUUUGGAAAAUGGACAAUUUGAAGAGCUGCAAGCUUGGAAUGAAAUCCGUUCCUAUGCAGUAGACGAACUUAAAAAUGUCUACAACAGGCUUGGAAUUACUUUCGACCACUAUCACUGGGAAUCACAGUACGGAAUCAGCAUGAUAACCGAGGUUCUUUCGCUUCUCGAGAAAAAUGGUGUUGCUCAUCCACAGGUGGAUGGAAGGAAGACAGUUCAGGUAGGAAAUCGGAUGGUACCAAUUGUUAAAAGUGACGGGACAACUCUUUACUUAACGCGAGAUGUUGCUGCUCUGAUUGAUCGACAUAAACGUUUCGAGUUCGAUAAUGUUUUAUACGUUGUAGACAAUGCACAAAGCGACCAUUUUGCUGCCCUUAUAUCUAUUGCUCAGCAGUUAAAUCUUCCCUACGCUGCCAACGUAGCUCAUAUCAAAUUUGGCAGAGUGAAAGGAAUGAGCACGCGAAAAGGCACGGUAGUGUUUUUGGCGGAUAUUUUGGAUGAGGCUGAAAUUCUUAUGCGACGAAAGCAGUUGGCUGCCAAAACAACAAAAAUUGAUUUAUCAAACGAUGAUGAAACUACUUCCAUCCUCGCAACAACCGCAGUUGUUAUAAAUGACUUGAAGCAACGCCGAAUGCGUGAUUACGAUUUUAGCUGGGACAAAGCACUUCAAACUGACGGCGAUAGUGGUAUUAAACUGCAGUACACACACUGUCGGCUAUGGAGUUUGGAAAACAGUUUUGGAUCCCCGGAUGAAAAGUGCAACCCAGACCUGUUGCCUGAAAAAGAGGCAUUGGCUUUAGUUUGCGAAAUUGCUAGAUUUGAAGAGGCACUUGCAGAAGCGGAGGAAAAGAAGGAAGCAUGUGUACUAGUCAAUUAUUUGUUUAGUUUAUGCAACGCAAUAAACCGUGCCUUGCUAACACUAAACGUGAAAAAUGAAGAAUGCAACAGACGGCAGACUCAGAGGAUGUUGCUCUUCACAUCGGCUCGCAAAACUUUACAUCGUGGGAUGGAAAUACUGGGCCUUAGGCCGCUACAGAAGAUGUAAAAAUGGUAGUUGCAUUAAACUUUGUUUGUAUUACGUUGAUAGGUAUAAAGAU